AUGGCAAAUCCAACUGAGCGUGAUUUAGAAGCACAUUUUCGGGAAGAAUUAUUCCAAAGAAGUGAGGGGAAGAAAUCUGUCUUGCUUCCAAAAGAACAGUAUAAUGAAAUUAUUUCAGAACUGACAGCAAUUGACAAGUCAGGCAAAAAGACGCCUCAUGAAUACUACCUUCUGAAGAAGUAUGAGAUCCUCAAGUGUGGUGAUGUUCUCAAGUUGAUCAGAAGACGGACUGCCAAUGAAGAUCCUAUCUAUUUUGCUACAUUGGAGGAUACAUUCGACAUUAUUAAGCGUGCUCAUAUUGAAACUGGCCACGGAGGGCGCGAUAAGAUGGUAAAGGAAUUAUCUAAAAAGUAUGCCAACAUUACCCAUGAUGCAAUAUCUAUUUACAAAUCACUGUGCAUCGAAUGUCAGCGUAAACGUAAGCGACCAACAACCAAAGGGACUGUUGUUCGACCUAUUCUGACAAAGAACUUUGGCUCCAGAUCACAAGUUGACCUUGUAGACAUGCAGGCGAUGAAACAAGGCAACUAUUAG